UGGCUGCUCAUAUAAAACCAGGCAUUGGGCUUCGCCCCGGUGAUGGGGGAAUCGAGGCUUUAACCCGCGCUCCGAGGGUCCUUCGCCGCUGCCGCCCACGCCGCCGCCGCCCCGCCCGGGGGAGCGACACUCCGACCGCCGCCGGCCUCUGCCGCGCUCAGCCGCUGCCCGCGGAUCGCCGGCGGGGCCGAGGCCGGGUGCGGCGCCCCAGGCCCGAGCGAGGCCCAGCGCCCUCCGCCCGGGCAGCACCCCGGCCCCCCCGUCCCGCCGCCCGCCGUCAGCCAGGCCCGGCUCCGGGCGGCCAUGGCCGUCUCCAGGCUUGAUCGUCUCUUUAUUUUACUGGACACUGGCACAACACCUGUAACAAGAAAAGCAGCUGCACAGCAACUUGGGGAAGUAGUGAAACUGCAUCCUCAUGAACUGAAUAAUCUCUUAUCUAAAGUGUUAGUGUAUUUAAGAAGCACGAAUUGGGAUACUCGUAUUGCAGCUGGCCAGGCUGUUGAAGCAAUAGUGAAAAAUGUACCUGAGUGGAAUCCAACUCCAAGAUCAAAACAAGAACCAGGCUCAGAAAGUCCUAAUGAAGAUUCACCUUCAACAGAUCGAUUGCGUUUUGACAGAUUUGAUAUAUGUCGGUUGUUAAAACAUGGUGCGUCUCUUCUUGGAUCUGCUGGUGCAGAAUUUGAAGUCCAAGAUGAUAAAUCAGGUGAAAUUGAUCCUAAAGAGAGGAUAGCACGACAGAGGAAACUGCUGCAAAAGAAACUUGGCUUAGAUAUGGGUGCUGCAAUUGGAAUGAAUACUGAGGAUCUGUUCAAUGAUGAAGAUUUGGACUAUUCUCCUUCUUCAGUUUUACUAGUAAACAAACAACCUACUCUUCAGGCUGCUGAGUUAAUUGACUCAGAAUUUCGAGCUGGUAUGAGCAGUAGACAAAAGAAUAAAGCCAAAAGAAUGGCUAAGCUAUUUGCUAAGCAAAGAUCCAGAGAUGCAGUGGAAGCUAAUGAGAAGAGCAAUGAUAGCACUGAUGGGGAACCGGAAGAAAAAAGAAGAAAAGUUGCAAAUGUUGUCAUCAACCAGCCUGCCACAGACUCAAAAACAUUGGUAGAAAAUGCUCAGGAAGAGGCAAAUGAAUGGCCUCUGGAAAGCUUUUGUGAAGAGGUGUGCAAUGAUCUCUUUAAUCCUUCUUGGGAGGUUCGACAUGGUGCAGGUACUGGACUGAGAGAGAUACUUAAAGCUCAUGGUAAAAGUGGUGGUAAAAUGGGAGAUAGCUCUUUAGAGGAGAUGAUUCAGCAGCAUCAGGAGUGGCUAGAAGACUUGGUUAUUAGACUUCUUUGUGUGUUUGCACUAGACAGAUUUGGAGACUUUGUUUCAGAUGAAGUAGUGGCACCAGUACGUGAGACUUGUGCUCAGACUUUGGGAGUAGUAUUGAAACACAUGAAUGAAACUGGUGUUCAUAAAACUGUGGAUGUUCUCCUGAAGCUGCUUACACAGGAACAGUGGGAAGUGAGACAUGGUGGUCUCCUAGGAAUAAAGUAUGCUUUGGCAGUACGUCAGGACAUGAUCAACACCUUAUUGCCUAAAGUGUUGCCUGCAAUAAUUGAAGGUCUGCAAGAUCUGGAUGAUGAUGUCCGAGCUGUUGCUGCAGCAUCUUUAGUACCAGUAGUGGAAAGCUUGGUCCAGCUUCAAUCUCAGAAGGUGCCUUUUAUUCUUAAUACCUUGUGGGAUGCACUUCUGGAGUUGGAUGACUUGACAGCUUCCACAAACAGUAUCAUGAUCCUUCUUUCAUCCCUUCUGACUUACCCUCAGGUCCGCAAAUGCAGUAUUCAGCAAUCCCUGACAGUUUUGGUCCCACGUGUGUGGCCAUUCUUGCAUCACACCAUAUCUUCUGUGCGAAAAGCAGCUCUGGAAACAUUAUUCACACUGUUGUCUACCCAAGACCAGGGUUCUUCAACAUGGCUGACUCCAAUUCUUCAAGACAUGUUGAGGCACAUAUUUCAGUUUUGUAUCUUAGAAAGCAACCAAGAAAUUCUGGAUCUUAUUCACAAGGUGUGGCUGGAACUAUUAAACAAGGCAUCUGUACAGUAUGUUGUUGCAGCUGCUUGUCCAUGGAUGGGAGCCUGGCUCUGCUUAAUGAUGCAGCCAUCUCAUUUGCCCAUUGACUUAAACAUGUUGCUAGAAGUAAAAACCAGGUCCAAAGAAAAAGCAGGUGCUAAACUGCGUCAAGGUCAAGCCCAGAACAAGGAAGUGAUUCAGGAAUACAUUGCUGGGGCAGACAGCAUUGCAGAAGAUCCAGCAACCAGGGAUUACGUUGUCAUGCGUGCUCGGAUGAUGGCAGCAAAGUUGCUGGGAGCACUUUGUUGCUGCAUUUGUGACCCAGGUGUAAAUACUGUUACUCAAGAAAUAAAGCCAGCUGAAUCAUUAGCUCAGCUACUGCUCUUCCACUUGAAUUCUAAAUCUGCCUUGCAGAGGAUUAGUGUUGCGUUAGUAAUCUGUGAGUGGGCAGCCUUGCAAAAGGAGUGUUCAACUGUGGCUAUUUGUAUUCAACCUCGUUUACUUGGGGUCCUUUCUGAACAUCUCUAUUACGAUGAAAUUGCUGUUCCUUUUACACGAAUGCAAAACGAAUGUAAACAACUCAUCUCAUUGCUAGCUGAUUCACACAUUGACAUUGGAAACAGAGUAAACUGCAGUGUAUUUACAAUAGAUCAAGCUAAUGAGCUGGUGACUUCUGUUUUCAAUGAGGUGACAUCAUCCUUUCCUUUGAAUCCUAAAGUUCUGCAACAGUUGGACAGUAAAAGGCAACAAGUCCAAAUGACUGUUACAGAAACAAAUCAGGAAUGGCAAGUGUUGCAUCUGCGAGUUCAUACUUUUGCUGCAUGUGCAGUUGUGAACUUGCAGCAACUUCCAGAAAAACUUAAUCCUGUUAUAAAACCCUUAAUGGAAGCUAUCAAAAAAGAAGAGAAUACACUCAUACAAAACUACGUGGCUUCAUGUAUCGCAAAGUUACUUCAGCAGUGUACAACAAGGUCUCCUUGUCCCAACUCAAAGAUUAUAAAAAAUCUCUGUAACUCCCUGUGUGUGGAUCCACAUCUUACCCCACUGGCAGCAUGUCCUGCACAGCCUCAGAGUAGCCAUGAAAACUCAAAAGCUGUUCUCCCUUUUCUUUUAGGGCCCAACUCUGAUAAAGAUGGGAUGCAGCACACAGUUACUAAGCACAGGGGAAUAAUUACAUUGUACAGACAUCAGAAAGCUGCUUUUGCCAUCACAAGUCGGCGAGGUCCUACUCCAAAAGCUCCAAAAGCCCCUAUUGCAGAUCUCCCCACAGGCAGCAGUGGAAGCAUUCCUACAGAACUUGAUGAGGCUCAGAAACCUUAUGUUGUACAGAGAAGAGGAGCUGAAUUUGCCUUAUCUACUAUAGCUAAACAUUUUGGUGCUGAAAUGGCAACGGGAUUGCCACAUCUCUGGGAUGCUAUGGUUGGUUCAUUAAGGAACAACAUUCACAUAAAUAAUUUUGACCGGAAGCUGUUACUGGAAAAAGGAGAUGCUCCUGCCCAGGAGCUGGUGAAUUCCUUGCAGGUUUUUGAAACAACAGCAGCUUCAAUGGACACUCAGCUACAUCCUCUGUUAAUACAGCAUUUGCCUCAUCUUUACAUGUGCCUUCAACAUCCCAGCACUGCUGUUAGACACAUGGCUUCCCGUUGUGUGGGUGUUAUGAGCAAAAUAGCAACCAUGGAAACAAUGAAUAUCUUUCUGGAGAAGGUUCUGCCCUGGCUGGGAGCAAUAGAUGACAACACCAAACAAGAGGGUGCAAUUGAAGCACUUGCCUGUGUAAUGGAGCAGCUGGAUGUUGGUAUUGUCCCAUACAUUGUUCUUCUGGUGGUUCCAGUUCUGGGUAGAAUGAGUGAUCAGACAAACAGUGUACGUUUUAUGGCCACUCAGUGCUUUGCCACACUGAUUAGACUGAUGCCUCUUGAGGCUGGUAUACCAGACCCACCAAACAUGUCUGAAGAAUUAAUCAGAAUGAAGGCUAAAGAACGUCACUUUCUGGAACAAUUACUGGAUGGAAAAAAACUGGAAAACUAUGAAAUUCCAGUACCAAUCAAAGCAGAGCUCAGAAAAUACCAGCAGGAUGGAGUGAACUGGCUUGCAUUUCUCAAUAAAUACAAACUUCAUGGAAUUCUUUGUGAUGACAUGGGUUUAGGAAAAACUUUACAAUCCAUUUGCAUUCUUGCAGGUGAUCAUUGCCUCAGGGCUCAGGAAUAUGCAAGAACAAAACUGGUGGACAGUGUUCCUCUUCCCUCCUUGGUGGUGUGUCCUCCUACACUCACAGGACACUGGGUGGAUGAAGUGGGCAAAUUUUGCUCAAAAGAAUAUCUAAAUCCAUUGCACUAUACAGGACCUCCUACUGAGAGAGCAAGAUUGCAACACCAGGUGAAAAGACACAAUCUCAUAGUGGCUUCAUACGAUGUUGUAAGAAAUGACAUCGACUUCUUCAGAAAUAUUAAGUUUAAUUACUGCAUUCUUGAUGAAGGCCAUGUAAUAAAAAAUGGAAAAACAAAGUUGUCAAAAGCAGUAAAACAGCUGACUGCUAAUUACAGAAUAAUUCUUUCUGGGACACCAAUCCAGAACAACGUGUUAGAGUUGUGGUCGUUGUUUGACUUCCUAAUGCCAGGAUUCUUGGGCACUGAGCGGCAGUUUGCAGCUCGUUACGGCAAACCAAUCCUGGCAAGCAGAGAUGCCCGCAGCUCCAGUCGAGAACAAGAGGCUGGGGUACUUGCAAUGGAAGCUCUGCACCGCCAAGUCCUGCCAUUUCUGCUGAGGAGAAUGAAAGAGGAUGUGCUGCAAGAUCUUCCACCCAAAAUUAUUCAAGAUUAUUACUGUAUUCUCAGUCCUCUACAGGUUCAGCUUUACGAAGAUUUUGCCAAGUCUCGUGCCAAAUGUGAUAUCGAUGAAACGGUUUCUUCAAUUUCACUGAAUGAAGAAACUGAAAAACCAAAGCUUAAAUCUACAGGUCAUGUAUUUCAGGCAUUGCAGUACUUACGGAAGCUCUGCAACCAUCCAGCAUUAGUGCUCACAACCCAACAUCCAGAAUACAAGAGAAUUACAGAGCAACUUGCAGCUCAGAAUUCAUCCCUUCGAGACAUCCAGCAUGCACCUAAGCUGUCUGCUUUGAAACAACUGCUGCUGGACUGUGGUUUGGGGAAUGGUGGAUCUUCAGAAAGUGGCACAGAAGCAGUUGUAGCCCAGCACAGAGUGCUUAUCUUCUGUCAGCUGAAGAGCAUGCUGGACAUAGUGGAGCACGACCUUCUGAGACCUCAGUUACCUUCAGUUACAUACCUGCGACUCGAUGGCAGCAUUCCUGCUGGGCAGAGACAUUCCAUUGUUUCCCGGUUUAAUAAUGACCCAUCUAUAGAUGUUCUUUUGCUCACCACUCAUGUUGGUGGACUGGGACUUAACUUGACAGGGGCUGACACAGUUGUGUUUGUGGAACAUGACUGGAACCCAAUGAGAGACCUGCAAGCCAUGGAUCGGGCACAUCGCAUUGGGCAGAAACGUGUUGUUAAUGUGUAUCGCCUGAUAACCAGGGGAACUUUGGAAGAGAAGAUCAUGGGUCUUCAAAAGUUCAAAAUGAAUAUUGCAAAUACAGUGAUUAGCCAAGAAAAUGCAAGCCUACAGAGCAUGGGAACAGAGCAGCUUCUUGAUCUGUUCACUCUCGACAAGGAUGGCAAAACUGAAAAAGCAGAUACCUCUACCUCUUCUGGGAAAGCAUCAAUGAAAUCAGUACUCGAAAACCUUGGAGAACUAUGGGAUCAAGAGCAGUAUGACACUGAAUACAGUCUUGAAAACUUUAUGCAUUCAUUAAAGUAACCACCACAUAUUUGUAAUACAACUGCUGCUAGUUCACAUAUUUUUCUGCUGAUAUUCAGCAAACUUCAAAGCAUAUUGAGUGAACCUUUAGCUUAAUGUGUAAAUAGACUUACUGAAAGAAGAAUCUUCAAAAGACUGGCAUGAAGUAGUGUCAGCUGUUUCACUGGGAAGUUAUUCUGUCUUAAACGUUUGCACUGUAUAAAAACUUUAAAUGUAAACAUUGUGAGGUGGUUCAAAUUUUACUUGUUCUGAACAGCUGCAAAUUCUUACUUGGUAGAAGAAUUAAAACAAAGGUUUUACAUCUGUUAACAAGUGUGACUUGUGUUUGCAGUUAAGUUCACCAUUACUUCUUUCUGUAGCUAUAAUAGUUUUGUACAGUUGUUUCAGUGAGUACUUCAGAUUGUUCAGUGUACAUUUUUCUUUUAAACACAACUUGCUUUUAUGGUAUAUUUAAAAAGCAAUUUUCAACCUAAGCUUUCUUUCAGAUCAUUUCAGGAGUUACAUCACCAGAGGCAAAGCCUAGAAGCCCUGAAAGUAUUGAAGAAUGGAAUGGCACUAGGCCUGUGCACCCACCUUUGUAUAUUGACUAUAUAUAUAUAUAUAUAUAUAUAUAUAUAUAUAUAUAUAAUGCUCUUAAGUCUUUUGACACCAUCUUGUGAGAACAGCUGACUUGAACUUUUUAAUGUAAUGAGCUCUAUUAAAUACAGGUAAUGGUCUAUUUGAGGCCAUGUUUGCAUCCUGUUAGCAGGGGUGUACUUUUUUAAUUUAUCUAUAAGGCUAGAAUAUAGCCACUUUGAGAGAUGCAUGUAUUCCAUAUGUUUCAAUCCUAUAUAUUUUUUGUAACUAAAAGAAGAAAUUAAAUAUAGUGACAGACAUUUUCCAGAAGUAGAUUUUACACUGUCUAGGAUUCUAAAAUCCAUGCUAAAAGUGACUGUGUACUAAACCAAUGCAUGAUUUAAAGCUUCUUAAAGGAAUAGGGAGGACUUUUUUUCUUUAGGAGAAAAUAUACAUAGAAAUACCUACAUUCAGUUUGAGGUAAUUGAAUAGUUAAAGUUGUGUAACAAAGAUAGUAAAAGACUUUAAUAGCAGUGAGUGAGAAUAAUAUGGCUGUAUGUUAUGCAGCUUUUUAUAAAAAAGGGAGGCAGUAUGAAAGUGUGCUUCUAGAUGUGCAUAUGUACCAGUAUAUGCACUUUUUAUAAAUAUUAAGUUAUAGAUAACUUACAGCAGUUGUCUGAAUACAUAGAAUAUAUGUAUAAAUAUAAAACCUAAGGUUUAUAGCUUGCUGUGUGCUUAAGCAUCAGAGCUUAAAAACCACCAGAGACCUCAACUAUUGUAAAAUAAGAUUGUUUUAAAACAAACUAUAUAAAUCAAGACAGUUCUAUAGCAUUGGAGAAGAAUUAAUGUCACAUUUCAGUAGUUAUGAACUGCCAGAUUGUAACUAAAUUAGCAUUCCAUGAAAAUAAAACAAACUGGGAAUAUAUAAGUUGCAUGUUGGGUUUGUCCAUGUUUAGUUUUGUUUCUCUAGGGAAGACAUCUGGCUGUAUAAAAAAACUUAAUGCUUUUGGAAAUUACAGCUGGAUUUUGAGUGUUAUAUUGGUUAAUUUCUACCUUCAGACUAUUUCUGUUGUGCUUUCAGCUGAUGAUCCAAGCAGGGGAGACAAGACGGGGCUUGGUGGUGUUUGCAGAGAAGUUACAAUGCUGGAAUAAUGCGUACUUGCAGAUAACUUGGUGCAGUAAUUUGGUGAUAGUGCCUAGAAAUAACAAGAUAUUUGAAUAAAGAAAUUCUUUAGUGGUAAAAAUUGCAUAUGUUU